AUGACACGCUCUUUUGGCGAUCCGAUUGAUGGGAAUGCAAGAGGGAAUGGCGAGCUUUUAACUGGGCAGCGCACAGCUAUUAUUGCAAAGCACCAGGCCUGUGUAUCCAACAAGGAAUUAGCAGCAGAAUUCGGCUGCAAUCUACGCACCAUCUACACCACAAUCAAACGCUUUAAAGAACACAACACCACUAAGUCCUUACCUUGCUCUGGCCAGCCAGAGGUUCUUACACGUCGUAAGAAGCGCGAUAUCAUUCGAAUUCGCCACCUUAGAGUGAAUGGCCUACACAAGCGCAGGUGCGCCAAGAGGCCAAAAUUAAAGCCUGAGCAUGUUGUUAUACGCCGCAAAUUCGCUCAGGACUACAAGAAUUUUAACUGGGAGGGGACAACUGUUAAGUUCACAGAUAAGUGCUCCGUGCAGAGGGGUUCCGGGCAGCAGGCAGAGUGGUGCUUCCGCUAUUCUAAUGAGAAAUAUUACCCAGAUAUGAUUACAGAGAAAGACAAGUCCAACAAGAUGUCACAGAUGGUCUACACUAAGACAUUGGAGGAUGGCCUCUUAGAACAAUACCAGCCAGGGGAGAUAUUCAUGCACGAUAAUGCGCCUAUACACAACUCCAAAUGGACCAAGGAGUUCCUGGAAACCCAUGAGCUGGCUACAAUAGGCAAGGCAGAGGCUGAUUGGACAGCUUUACAGGAGGCAAUCAAGGAGGCAUGGUUGAAGCUGCCUGAUUUACUGAUUUUAUCGCUUGUACAGAGUAUGCCAGAUCGUAUAGAGGCCCUACGGGUGGCCAAGGGCUGGCAAACGAAAUAUUAG